AUGGGUUGCGUGCUCGGGUCGCCGGCCGGUGCAAGAGAGCAGCGCCGUCGCCGGAAAGAGAAGCGGGACGUUGCUGCCGACGAAGGUAAUAAUGCCGUUAGGGUUCGAAAUAGGGAUAGGAAUCGGCACACCGGGGAUUUUCCGGGGACUCUUCCGGCGCCGGAGCGCCGGAAACCUAGACUAGAUCCGUGCGCUGUCACGCAGCAGGGAUGGCCGUCGUGGUUGAUGGCUGUCGCCGGCGAAGCAAUCGGCGAUUGGACUCCUCGUCGUGCCAACACUUUCGAGAAGCUCGCAAAGAUUGGGCAAGGCACGUAUAGUAAUGUGUAUAAGGCUCGGGACCUUGUUACGGGGAAGAUUGUGGCAUUGAAGAAAGUGCGAUUCGAUAAUUUAGAGCCAGAGAGUGUGAAGUUCAUGGCGAGAGAGAUACUUGUUUUGCGGAGGCUUGAUCACCCGAAUGUAGUAAAGCUUGAGGGUUUGGUUACUUCUAGAAUGUCGUGCAGUCUUUAUUUGGUGUUUGAGUAUAUGGAGCAUGAUCUUGCAGGGCUUGCGGCUGGCCAAGGGGUUAAGUUCACUGAACCUCAGGUUAAAUGCUUUAUGAAGCAAUUACUCUCUGGUCUUGAGCAUUGCCACAGUCGUGGUGUGUUGCACCGUGAUAUCAAGGGUUCCAAUCUGCUUAUAGACAAUGAAGGAAUCCUUAAAAUUGCAGAUUUUGGACUGGCAACCUUUUUUGAUCCUAAGAUAAAACAGUCAAUGACGAGCAGAGUGGUGACCCUUUGGUAUCGUCCUCCGGAGCUUCUUCUUGGAGCUACAUUAUAUGGUGUCGGUAUUGACCUUUGGAGUGCUGGUUGCAUCUUGGCAGAGCUGCUUGCUGGAAAGCCAAUAAUGCCUGGCCGAACAGAGGUUGAACAGCUGCACAAAAUUUUUAAGUUGUGUGGCUCUCCAUCAGAGGAAUACUGGAGGAAGUAUAGAUUGCCAAAUGCUACUAUCUUUAAGCCUCAGCAACCAUAUAAACGUGGAAUCUCAGAAACAUUCAAAGACUUUCCUCCAUCUUCACUACCUCUAAUUGAAACUCUUCUUACAAUAGAUCCUGAUGAUCGUGGUACUGCCUCAGCAGCACUUAAUAGUGAAUUCUUUACCACAGAGCCCCAUGCUUGUGAACCAUCGAGUUUGCCCAAGUAUCCUCCCAGUAAAGAAUUGGAUGUAAAACUGAGAGAUGAAGAAGCUAGAAGACAAAAGGCUCUAAAUGGAAAAGCUAGUGCAGUUGAUGGUGUCAAAAAAGGCAGAGCACGUGAACGAGGCCGGGCUGUUCCGGCCCCUGAAGCUAAUGCAGAGAUUCAAACAAACUUGGAUAGGUGGAGAGUUGUGACCCAUGCAAAUGCAAAAAGUAAGAGUGAGAAAUUUCCACCUCCUCAUCAAGAUGGAGCUGUUGGAUAUCCACACGAUGCAUCAAACAAAGGGCCUGUUUCGUUUGGCGCUCCCGACACUUCUUUUUCGUCAGGGAUAUUUAAUUCAAAACCUUCUGGACCUGUUAGAAGUCAUGCUGCUGCGGGACAUUAUAGAGGGAGGAAAGCUAAAAAAGAAGAGUCCCAUAUGGCGUCAUCAUGGAAAUUUAUGCGUCCAUUCAAGCCAUCAACAGUUGGACUUUCUAUGGAUUUGUUAUUUAGGAGCAAAUAA